AUGACCCUGAGCACGGACAUGUGCGAUGCCGCGGGCCUGGCCGAGGAGACAGACAUCGACGUGGUGGGGGAGGGCGAGGACGACGACGACGACGACGAGGAAGACGACGAGGACGAGGGCGGUCCCCGGCUGGCCGGACCCGCUCGGCGGCGGCUGCAACAGCAGCAGCAGCAGCAGCAGCAGCAGCGGCGGCGGCGGCGGCGACGGAGGCGCUCGUACGCCGGGGAGGACGAGCUCGAGGACCUGGAGGACGAGGACGACGACGAUGACAUCUUGCUGGCCCCGCGAGCCGGGAGCUCCCCCGCGGCCCCGGGUCCGGGCCCUGCAGCUGGAGUCGGGGCCGGCGGCGCGGGCGGAGGCGGCGGCGUUGGCAGCGUUGGCAGUGCAGGCGGCGCGGGCAGCGGCGGCGCCAAGAACCCGCUGGUGAAGCCCCCGUACUCGUACAUCGCGCUCAUCACCAUGGCCAUCCUGCAGAGCCCCAAGAAGCGGCUGACGCUGAGCGAGAUCUGCGAGUUCAUCUCCAACCGCUUCCCGUACUACCGGGAGAAGUUCCCCGCCUGGCAGAACAGCAUCCGCCACAACCUGUCGCUCAACGACUGCUUCGUCAAGAUCCCCCGCGAGCCGGGCAACCCGGGCAAGGGCAACUACUGGACGCUGGACCCCGAGUCGGCCGACAUGUUCGACAACGGCAGCUUCCUGCGCCGGAGGAAGCGCUUCAAGCGGCAGCCCCUGCUGCCCCCCAACGCCGCCGCCGUGGCCGCCGAGUCGCUGCUGCUGCGCGGGGCCGGGGGCGCGGGGGGCGCCUCGGACCCGGCCGCCGCCGCUGCAGCCGCCGCCGCGCUCUUCCCGCCGGUGCCGCCGCCGCCCCCGCACGCCUACGGCUACGGCCCCUACGGCUGCGGCUACGGCCUGCAGCUGCCGCCCUACGCGCCGCCCUCCGCGCUCUUCGCCGCAGCUGCUGCCGCCGCCGCUGCGGCCGCCGCUUUCCACCCGCACUCGCCGCCCCCGCCGCCGCCGCCGCAGCCGCCGCCCCCGCACGAGCUGGCCCGGACCGCCUUCGGCUACCGGCCGCACCCGCUCGGCGCCGCGCUGCCCGGCCCCCUGCAGGCCUCGGCGGCCAAGGCGGCCGCGCCGGGCUCCGCGUCGCUGGCGCGCUCGCCCUUCUCCAUCGAGAGCAUCAUCGGGGGCAGCCUGGGCCCGGCCGCCGCCGCCGCUGCCGCCGCCGCCGCCGCCGUGCAGGCCUCGCCCGCGCCCGCGCCCGCACCCUCGCCCGCACCCGGCCCCGGCGGUGGCUGCGCGGCUCAGGCCGCCGCCGGCCCCGCCGCCGCGCUCACUCGCUCGCUCGUGGCCGCCGCCGCGGCCGCCGCCUCCUCCGUGUCCUCGUCGGCCGCCCUGGGGACGCUGCCCCCCGGGGCCGCCCUGUCCAGCGUGGAGACCUUUACCGCCCGGAUUUCCAAUUGUUAACGGCGCGCUCC